AUGUACUGCCAGCGCCUCGCCGUUCCUCUCGCCCGCUCCAUCCUCGCCCAGAGGACGUCGGUGGCCCUGCGCGCCGAGGGAGCCCUGGCUGCCCGCUGCCUCCACACCUCCGUGGCCCGAAAGGAUAUCGACAGCGCUGCCAAGUACAUCGGAGCUGGAGCCGCCACCGUUGGUGUCGCCGGAUCUGGAGCUGGUAUCGGAAACGUGUUCGGAGCCCUCGUCAUCGGAUACGCCCGCAACCCGUCCCUCAAGCAGCAGCUGUUCUCCUAUGCCAUUCUUGGAUUCGCUCUGUCUGAAGCUAUGGGACUUUUCUGCCUCACCAUGGGUUUCAUGAUCCUCUUCGCCCUC